GUCUUCCCCGUGGCUGAGCGUGACCGGGCACCACCAACGGCCCUUCUGCGGGAGCGAGGAGGCGGCGCAGGUCAUGGACGGCGAGGAGCCUGUGCGGGAGGCGGUGACCAACACGCUGGCGCUGAAAGAGGGGGACAUCAUUUCGUUCCAGAUCAGCGUGGGGUGCGCCGCCGACGAGGCCGUUCCCGAAGGCCGGCCGGUCCUCCUGCAGUACAGCAAGGACGGGGGCGUGACCUGGGCCCUGGUGCACGAGGGAUGCCCGCCCUCUGCCCUGCAUUGCGACCCCCCCAGCGAGCCCAGCGUGUACCGGCCGGGGCACCACGGCCCGUGGACCAGGGUCGUGCGCCGCGCCGACCACCGGCUGGCCCACGGCUCGGUGCAGCUCCGUUGGAAGCAAGAAAACCCGGGAGAAACGGACAGCAGCGCCUUUGCCAUUCGACAGCUGUACAUAGGCCCCCCCUGCCCGUACCUCUGCCACGGCCACGGCGUCUGCACGGCUGCGGGGCUGUGCAAGUGUGACAAGGGAUAUAACGGGACCUACUGCGGCCUCCUCCCCUCCCCCAACCCCGCGUGGAUGGAGGACGACUUCGAGGGCGACCUCCUCUCGCCCUCGUGGGAGCGAACUGAGGGCGCCGCCGUCGGGCUGGGCUGCGGGCCGCACCACUCCGGCCACGCCCUGGUCUUCUCCGCCGCCGGGCCGCGCGUCGCCACCACCAGGCCGCUCGACACCAGGAAGACCAAGUACCUCGUGUUCCACCUGCAGAUCGGCUCCCCCGAGGCGGGGGGGCGGUGUCGCCAGGCGGAGCUUCCCCGCGACAACGUGUUCCUCGAGCACUCGCCCGACAACGGCCAGAGCUGGGCCUUGAUGCAGCAGUUCGAGGCGGCGGACGCGAGGAACAGCCGCCAGCCCUUCUUCGUCCCGCUCCCGGCCGGCGCCAGGACCCGGCAGACGCGCUUCCGCUGGUGGCAGAGCUACGCGGGCAUGAUGCUGUCGGAUUCGCCCUACGCGGAGGACCGAGCCGAGUGGCACUUGGACAACGUCAUGGUGAAGGCCAACGACAGCCUGCCCGCCAGCCUGUACGACGACUUCGGGGGAAACACGAGCUCGCACGACCCCUGGUUCCUGACGGCGGGCGCCUCCACCUCGCCGGCGUGCGGGAAGCUCAACGACCCCGUGAUGCUCUUCUCGGGCCAGACCGCGCUCAGGUUCGCGGAGACGUGGGACGUGGCGGCGACCGCGGCGACGGUGAUUCAGUUCGACCUGAAGGUGGGCUGCAACGGCUUCUCCCCCGACACGCAGGUGGCUCUACAGUACUCCACCGACCACGGCAAGACCUGGCAGCUGGUGCGUGACCUGUGCGCCCCUCCGCAGGUGGACUGCGAGUCGUUCCACCUGGCCACGUCCUUCAGUUCCUCCACCGCGGGCGAGUGGACGAGGGUCACCGCCACGCUGCCGGAGAGGGCGUUCGGCGAGAGGACCCGCCUUCGCCUGGCGGAGGUGGAGCAGGAGGGGCGCGGCGCGGGCGGCGUCGCGUGGGCGCUCGACAACGUGUUCGUGGGGGACACGUGCCCGUGGCUCUGCUCCGGCCACGGCUACUGUCGCGCGGGGAAGUGUGUCUGCGACGAGGACUACUUCGGCGCCUUCUGCGUGCCAGCGCGAGUCCUGCCCUGCGAGCUGCUCGACACCUUCGACCGCGGGAGCCUUGACACCGCCCUGUGGCACUCCUCGCAGGGCGCGGAGGUGUCGCAGCGGUGCCACGUCUUGGUGUCGAAGGCGGCCCUCGUCUUCUUCAAGGACGGCGUGCGGCAAGCCACCACCACGGACCUGGACAUGACUGGCGGCCAAUACGUCCAGUUCACGAUCAUGAUAGGCUGUGAGGCGCCGAGGGGGGCGCGGGCCAAGAGGGGAACGACCAUGAUCGAGGACCCUUUCAUCUCUCCUUCUGGCUCUUCCUCUUCGUCCUCUUCGUCCUCUUCGUCUUCUUCUUCGUCCUCUUCGUCUUCUUCUUCGUCGAGUGAGCAAGCUAGUCGGCGCUAUGGUGUUCUCGUACAGUAUUCCGUUAACGGCGGCAUUACUUGGAAACUGCUUAAGGAACUGCACUUCACGCCCCUGCAGACGCCCGAGUUCGUGAGCAUCAGCCUGCGCGACUUCCCCGAGGCGGCCACCAACGCCACCCGCUUCCGCCUGUGGCAGCCGCGCCACGAGGGCCUCCUGACGCACACGUGGGCGGUGGACAACGUUUUCAUCGGAGGCACGCCCGUGUCGCCCAACGCCCUCCACGACGACUUCGAGAAGGCGGCGCCCGCACCCGACGCCUGGCUGGACUGGCCCGGCGGCGAGGUCGACGUCAUGUGCAAGCAGCAGGGCGGGCGCCGGGGCCUGGUGUUCGGCGGGCAGGAGGGCGAGCGCGCGCUCUACUCGCGCGACCUCAGCGUCGGACCCGACUCGGUGCUGCAGUAUGAGAUCAUGGUGGGCUGCGGUGACGUCACGGCCCGGGAGCACAGCGUGAGCGUCCAGUACAGCCUGGACGCCGGUCUGAGCUGGACGACGGUGCGUCCUGCGAGCGGCGUCCGGCACUCGAGUCCUGACUGCCUGCACGAACUGAGGACGCCGACGGUGCACUAUCCACACGCCGCUCCUGCUGGGACGUGGACGAGAGUCGUUGUCCCGCUGUCGGAUAUCAGGAUUUGUGGCACCGUCCGCUUCCGUUGGCACCAGGGAUCGUACGGCGCACGCGAGGCCUCCGUGCCCUGGGCCGUCGACAACGUGUACGUGGGGCCCUCCUGCGUCGACCACUGCGGCGGCCACGGCUCCUGCCUCGGCGGGGAGAAGUGCGAGUGCGAUGAGGCCUAUGAGGGAGGCUGCAGCUGCCAUCUCGAGGUGGAAAAUCCGCAGACGCUGAUGCACGACUUUGAAGGAUCCGACUUAGCGGAGCAGUUUUCUCGGUGGGCGGGCAGCGAGGUCUCGCGCUUCUGCGGCGUCGUGACGGGCGAGUCGCUCGUGUUCUCGGAGCAGGGCGAGAGGGCGCUCGUCACCAGGGACCUCGACCUCGAGCUUGGAGGCGUCGUGCAAUUCUACAUCCGCUACGGCUGCACGCCCGACGACCUUGGGACGGACGACUCCCUCGUGCUCCUUCAGUUCUCUACUGACGGAGGAAUUACAUGGACUCAGCUGGCGGAGCUGGGGCCGGAGGCGAGGGUGGAGUCGGGGGCGGAGUCGAGGGCGGGGUCGGAGGGACGUCAACCAAUGACACAACACGUGACGAUCAAUCUGCCAGACACCGCCAAGUCGAACGCGACGCGCCUGCGCUGGUGGCAGCCCUCGACUGGCGGGGAAUUCGCCGGCAUGUGGUCCAUCGACGAGGUGUACAUCUCGAGCCUGGCGCGCGAGCUGCCCGCCUUCACGGCCCUGGACUCCAGCGCCCCCUGGCUGCUGGCGCCCGGCGCCGUGGAGGAGGCCGUCUGCGGCCGCGAGCACCACAGCCUGCAUUUCAGUGGUCGCGAAGGCUACCGCUUUGCCGAGACUCCGGACAUCCUGAUGAAUGAGCACAGCUUCAUUCAGUUCACGAUUGCCAUGGGCUGCAAGGAGACCGGAUUCUGCUUCGAGGUGGAGCUCGAGUUCUCGGUCGACCACGGGUCAACCUGGUGGCCCGUGAGAGAUCACUGCCUGCCCUCUGAUCCCGACUGCACCGAGUAUUGGCCGAACUCCAGCCUGACCUCUGACCUGCACGCAACGCCAACGCAGGUCACUAUGCUCGUGCCUCCCCGCGCAUGGUCCGAACGCACCCGCGUCCGAUUCCGUCAGAGGGACGGCUGGCGACAGCAGCACAGCUGGGCUCUCUCGCACGUGUACAUCGGCGACGAGUGCUUCCACAGGUGCUCCGCCAGGGGCUUCUGCGACGCAGGGGUGUGCCAGUGCCAGCAUGGAUGGACAGGUACCAGCUGCGAGAGUCCUGAGCGCCCUCUGCCCACCUUCCUAGCUGAGGACUUCGAGGGCGCGGUGACCCCCGGCAGGUGGCGCAGGGUUGCCGGGGCGCUCGUCACGGACCACUGUGGGCCUGUGGGGGCUGGGUCGGCGCUGCACUUGGUCGGGGGCUGCAGCAGAUACCUGGAAACCGAGGACCUGGACCUGCGCGAGAGCCUGUUCGUGCAGUUCGACCUCCGCACGGGCUGCCUGGAUCCCGUGGCCGGGCGCGAGGCCGGGGGCGCCCACGCCCUCCUGGUGCAGCUCUCGUGCGACGCGGGCGUGUCGUGGGCCACCGCCAAGAAGCUGCUCCUCGUGCACCAGCAGCCCACGUACGUGUGGCUGGAGAUCCCGCGGGCGCUGCGGUGCGAGGGCGGCCGCGUGCGGUGGUGGCAGCCGGCGCCGCAGGAGAGAAACCGCCUGGACUGGGCGAUCGACGCGGUCUUCGUGGGCGGCAACGCCACGCCCCCCGACGCGCUCACCUACGCCCACCCCGAUGACUUGGUCCCGCCCAUGUGGCUGAGGCGGUACAAUGGGCGCAUAGAUAAUUACUGUGACAACGACCUACCAAUGUACACCAUGUUGUCCACGGCCUCUGAACCAGCUCUUAUUCAAACCAGCGAUAUACAGGUGGGAAUCAACCAUUCUAUAAGCUUCCAGCUGGCUCUUGGUUGCGGCGCCACCUGGGACAACCAAGUGGUCCCCGUGAGACUAGAAUACUCGGUGGACUUCGGCAACAGCUGGCACUUGGUAAGGGAGGCGUGUCUGCCCGGGAACACCAGCUGUGCGGAGGUCGCCGACGCCUCGGUCUACUACGCGCCGCUCAGAUGGCAUCGCUUUGUGUACCCUCUGGCGCACGUGGGGCCAGCCAGGUACGUGCGCUUCCGCUGGCUGCAGGCACCCUCCCACGACGCCAGCGGCAGCCAUCGCUGGUCACUCCGCGACGUGUACAUCGGCAGGUCGUGCCCCAAGCACUGCCUUGGCCGCGGGUCGUGUCUGUUUGGGGCGUGUCGCUGCGACGCCCACUACGCCGGCGACCACUGCGAGCGGGUCGUCGUCGAUAAUGUGCCCUUCAUCCGUGACGAGUUCAGCGAGAGGUCCUUCCGGAGCCACUUCCAGCAGGUCCAAGGGGCGCUCAUUUCCGAGGGCUGCGGCGGGCUGGAGGUGCCGCCCGCGGCCACCUUCCAGGGCGCCCACACCCGCCAGCUCCUCACCCAGCCCGUGGACACCCGCAGCGGCAAGUUCGUGUAUUUCGUGGCCCAGAUCGGCAGCGCCCACGGCCACGGGGUGUGCGCGAGGGCGACUCUUCGGCAUCACAAUGUCUUCCUGCAGUACUCCGUUGAUGGAGGUGUCCGCUGGCACCUCCUGAGAGAGCUCGACCACGAGAUGUACGUCUCCCCGCGCGAGGAAUACAUCGUCUUGCCGAGCCACGCCCGAAGCCCAGCCACCGUGUUCCGGUUCUGGCAGCCCCGCCUCCCCACCCCCCCGCCCGCCUGGUCUCUCGACGACCUGUUCAUCGGCGGCUCCGAGAUCAGCGCCGCCUCGCUGCUCGACCGCUUCGAGGGCGCCCCCGCGGUGUCCGAGUGGCUGUUCGCGCCGCACAGCGAGGCCCAUACCGACUACUGCUCGAGCGGCACCAACGCCUCCCUCGUGUGGGGCCCUGAGAGCCCGGGCCGGAGAGCCAUCACCACGCAGGAACUCAUCAUCACCGACGGCCACGUUUUGCAGUUUAAG